UUGGAUUUAGUGUGCGUGCCUCCUGGCUUUGAUUUGUGCCUGGAUUACCCUAAAGCGCAUGUGAAGUCUUCACCCAGCUCAGGACAAGAUGUCAUCUUGGCACACAGUUGUUUUAUGUAUGGGCUGCUUUUUCCUGCUAAUUCAAGGGAGACCAGCAAAGGAAGAGUUUGGUGUUAAGCCUUUUUCACCAUUUAUCAGACUACGGCACAAGCAGGAGAGGCAUCAUGAAGUGACAAGAAACAAAGGUUAUUUUGAUCAUGAGGAUGGACAAGGAUCUUGUGAAAACAAGUAUUGUGGCCUUGGAAGACAUUGUGUAAUUAACCAGGAGAGCAGACAAGCAGAGUGUGCAUGUAUGGAACACUGUAAACCUCAUUACAAGCCUGUCUGUGGCUCAGACGGAGAGUUCUAUGAAAAUCACUGUGAAGUCCACAAAGCAGCUUGCCAUAAAAAGCAAAAAAUAUUUAUGGUUCACAGUGAAGAUUGUUUUCUUAAAGGAGACAAGUGCAAAUCAACAGACUAUGUUAAGAUGAAGAAUGCAUUACUGGAUUCCCAGAACCAGAAGCGUGUCAGAAAGGAUAGCGAGAAGGAAAAUACAGACAAAUUUGGUCUUAAAAAGAUCUUGGUGGAUCAGAUGUUCAAAUAUUUUGACAGCGACAGCAAUGGAUUAGUAAUUAAACAGGAAGGCUUUGGAAAAACAUUGCGGGAAUGCUCACUGUAUGACCUCAUGAAGUAUGAUGAUUCAAAUGGUGAUAAACAUUUGUCUCUGGAUGAAUUCUACAGAGCAUUUAGAAUUGUUCAGCUGAGCCUUCCAGAAGACCAGGCAGUGAGUUAUACCACAGUAACUGUUGGGCAAAGCGUUGUCUUGAUCUGUGGCAUACAAGGGAAUAUGAGACCUCCUAUCAUCUGGAAACGCAACAAUGUAAUUCUAAACAACCUGGACUUGGAAGACAUUAAUGAUUUCGGAGAUGAUGGAUCUUUAUACAUUACCAAGGCUACCACAACCCACAUGGGGAAUUACAGCUGUCAUGCUGAUGGCUAUGAUAAUAUUUUCCAAACUCAUAUCCUUCAAGUGAAUGUCCCACCUGUUAUUCGAGUAUUUCCAGAAAGCCAGGCCAGAGAGCCAGGUGUUACUGCCAGUCUUAGAUGUCACGCUGACGGAAUCCCACAGCCCCAACUUAGCUGGCUUAAGAAUGGAAUAGACAUCACUACAAAAUUAUCCAAGCAGCUAACACUGCAAGCAAAUGGCAGUGAGGUUCACAUCAGUAAUGUUCGUUAUGAAGACACUGGAGCAUACACAUGUAUUGCAAAAAACACAGCUGGAGUUGAUGAAGACAUCUCUUCUCUCUUUGUAGAAGACUCUGCAAGAAAGACACGUCUUGGGACUGGAAACCUGUUUUAUGUGUUCAACGAUGAUGGCAUUAAAGUAAUUCAACCUGUGGAAUGUGAAUAUCAAAGACAUAUAAAGAUGACAGAAAAAAUCUUUGGAACCCAGGAUGAAGUGUGUCCAAAGAUAGAGGGACUUGAAAUGGAAAGCUGCGUAUGGGCAUCAGCUGUUAAUGUAAAAGAUAAAUUUAUAUAUGUGGCUCAGCCUAAACUAAACAGGGUUCUUCUUGUGGAUAUACAGGCGCAAAAAGUUGUGCAGGCAGUGAAUACAGAUCCCAUCCCAGUGAAACUACAUUAUGAUAAGUCGCAUGACCAAGUCUGGGUACUAAGUUGGGGCAACAUGGAGAAAACAUCUUCUACUUUACAGGUUAUUACACAAGCAAGUGGAAGUGUUUCACAUCAUACCAUCCAUACUCAGCCAGUUGGAAAGCAUUUUGACAGAGUUGAUGACUUUUUCAUUCCUAGUACAACACUGAUAAUUAAUCAUAUCAGGUUUGGAUUCAUCCUUCAUAAAGAAGAAGCAGCUCUCCUGAAAAUUGAUUUGGAAACCAUGUCCUACAUUAAGACAGUCAGUUUAAAAGAUUACAAUUGCAUCCCUCAGUCUUUGGCUUACACCCACCUUGGGGGAUAUUAUUUUAUUCAAUGCAAACCUGAUACAACAGGAGCUAUCCUUCCACAAGUAAUAGUGGACAGCGUAACUGAUGUUGUCAUUGGCUAUAACAAGGAUGUAACUGGCCUCCCAUAUGUCUCCCCAGAUGGACACUAUCUUGUCAGCAUUGAUGAUAUUAAAGGAGUUAUGAGAGUACAAUUGAUAACAGUCCAAGGAGAAAUUAGGGAUUUAUUUGACAUUCAUACUAAUCUGCAUAUAUCUGAUGUGGCCUUUCAAUCAUCAUUCAUAGAAGCUCAUCAAUACAAUGUCUAUGCAAGUUCAAGCACACAAACUGAUGUACUUUUUGUAGAACUCGCAUCUGGAAAGGUAAAAAUGAUAAAGAGCCUUAAAGAACCAGUCAAGCUAGAAGAAUGGCCAUGGAGCCCCAAAAAUCGAAUUAUCAUAGAGAGUGGCCUCUUUGGACAAUACUUAAUGACACCCUCUAAGAAUUCUCUGUUUAUUUUAGAUGGAAGACUCAACAAAUUAAACUGUGAAAUCACCGAAGUCGAAAAAGGCAACACAAUCCUCUGGGUUGAGGAAGCGUAGGAUUUGCAGCUUGAAGUUUUCAUUAUUUCUUUUUUUUUCAGUGGGAAUAAUUAUUCCUUUUAGGUUGGAGAUAUUUACAUAUUUUGAAAUAAUUCUGCAGAUCCCAGAAAGUUUAAUUUUUUUUAUUGAAUUGCACUUAACUGUUUACUAAUUCGCUCUACACACAAAUUGUACAAUUAUAUAACUUUGUAUAGUUUUCAUAAAAUGAUGACUAAAAAAACAAAAAUACAAAAUAUGUUUUCCAGGAAUAGAAAUAAGGAUUUUGGGUAAUUAUCAGAAUAUGUUUCUGUUUCAUUAGUCAAAAGUAUGUCUGAAAUUUUUAGAAACAUCUAAGUCUUGUCCCUUGUUUGUUUGUGCCUUGGGUGGAAUAUUUUAUAAGAAACAAACAAAAAAAGGAAAAUCAUAACACAUUUCCCGUACAUGUUGCAGUACACCCAAGCACUUCAUUUAUUAUAAAUCAUGAGUUCGAAAUCAUAAAUUAUGCCAUUCAUUAUUUUGUUUUACU